AUGGCUGCCAACGCUGGGCACCCUAACAUUGCUGAGGGCGCUUCUGUCCCAGCGCAAGCCUCAUCUGCUAAAGCGCCGGGUAGCGAGGCCCCGAAAGUCAAGACUGAGAAAGAGUUAGAAAAGGAACGCCAAAAGGCCGAAAAAGCUGCCAAGCUCGAAGCGAAAAAGGCCAAGGCUGCUCUCCAAGCCGCCAAUGCUGCUGCUAACAAGGAGAAGAAGGCCAAGAAGGAAAAGGCUGAUGAACCCGAGGUCCCUCCUUACGUCGAAGAUACACCACCCGGCGAGAAGAAGCGCAUUCGAUCAUUCGAGGACCCGAACUUCAAGGCUUACGAUCCCAUUGCCGUCGAGUCGGCGUGGUAUACCUGGUGGGAGAAGGAGGGCUUCUUCAAGCCCGAAUUCAAGCCUAAUGGCGAUGUCAAGGACGAGGGAAGCUUCGUCAUUGUCCACCCUCCGCCCAAUGUUACUGGUGCCUUGCACAUGGGCCACGCUCUAACCGACUCCCUACAAGACAUGAUGAUCCGCUGGAGCCGCAUGCACGGCAAGACGACACUGUGGCUUCCCGGCACUGACCACGCCGGCAUCUCUACGCAAUCCGUCGUCGAGAACAUGCUGUGGCGCCGCAAGCAACAGACCCGCCAUGAUCUAGGCAGAGAAAAGUUCAUCGAGACUGUUUGGGAGUGGAAGGAGGACUACCACCAGCGCAUCAACAAGGCCCUCACCCGACUGGGUGGCUCCUUCGACUGGUCUCGCGAGGCCUUUACCAUGGACGAGAGCCGCUAUGCCGCCGUUGUGGAAAAUUUUGUCCGUCUUCAUGAAGAGGGCAUCAUUUACAGAGCCAACAGACUUGUCAACUGGUGCACAAGGCUCAACACUGCUCUUUCCAACCUCGAGGUCGACAAUAAGGAGCUGACUGGCCGCACUCUGCUGGAAGUUCCCGGCUACGACAAGAAGGUUGAGUUCGGUGUCAUUGUCCACUUCAAAUACCCUAUUGAGGGCUCCGACGAAACUGUUGAGGUUGCUACUACCCGUAUUGAGACUAUGCUUGGUGAUACUGGCAUCGCUGUCCACCCUAAAGACACUCGCUACACUCACCUCAUCGGAAAGAACGCUGUCCACCCAUUUAUUCCCAAUCGCAAGCUACCCAUUGUCGCCGACGAAUAUGUCGAGAUGGAUUUCGGUACUGGUGCCGUGAAGCUCACUCCCGCUCACGACGCCAACGACUUCGCCCUCGGACAGCGCCAUAAGCUCGAGUUUAUCAACAUUCUCAACGACGACGGCCUGAUGAACGAGAAUGCUGGACCUUUCAAAGGACAGAAGCGCUUCGACGUUCGCUAUAGCAUACAAGAGGCCCUCAAGGAAAAGGGUCUGUACGUCGACAAAAAGGACAACGCUAUGAAGGUACCCAUGUGCAGCAAGUCCAAGGAUGUCAUUGAGCCUCUCAUGAAGCCCCAGUGGUGGGUCAAGAUGAAGGAUAUGGCUUCCGAGGCUGCGAAGGUCGUCAAGAAUGGGGAGAUCAAGAUCCGUCCAGAGAGCGCUGAGAAGGCCUACUACCGCUGGAUGGAAGACAUCCAAGACUGGUGCAUCUCCAGACAGCUUUGGUGGGGGCACAGAUGCCCCGUCUACUUUGCCAAGGUUGAGGGUGGCUCUGACUUAUCCGAGGAGGAGCUCUGGUUCUCUGGGCGCACCAAGCAGGAGGCUGAGGCAAAGGCCAGCGCCAAGCUCCCUGGCAAGAAGUUUACUCUCGAGCAGGACGAGGAUGUUUUGGACACCUGGUUUUCCUCUGGGCUGUGGCCUUUUAGCACUCUGGGCUGGCCUAAGAAGACACACGACCUCGAGAAGCUCUUCCCCACCACCAUUCUCGAGACUGGCUGGGAUAUCCUGUUCUUCUGGAUUGCUCGCAUGAUUAUGCUGAGCUUGAAACUGACCGGCAAGAUUCCCUUUGAGGAAGUCUUCUGCCACAGUCUAGUCCGCGAUUCUGAGGGCCGCAAAAUGUCCAAGAGUCUGGGCAAUGUCAUUGAUCCUCUCGAUGUAAUUUCCGGCAUCCCUCUGCAGACGUUGCACGACAAGCUUGCGCUUGGUAAUCUACACCCGACCGAGGUUGAGAGAGCAACCAAGUAUCAAAAGACGUCUUUCCCCGACGGCAUUCCUCAGUGCGGCGCUGACGCCCUUCGCUUCACAAUGAUCAACGCCACCACCGGCGGUAGCGAUAUCAACUUGGAGAUUCGCUCCAUUUAUGGGUACCGCAAGUUCUGCAACAAGAUCUUCCAGGCCACCAAGUACGUCCUCGGCAGCCUUCCCGCGGAUUUUGUCCCCUCGAAACACGGUGCAGUUUCCGGAAAGACUCUGGCUGAGCGCUGGAUCCUGCACAAGAUGAACCAGGCCGCCAAGGAGGUCAACGUCGCUAUUGCGGACCGAGAGUUCUCCAAGUCGACGGCAAUCGUCUACAAGUACUGGUACAGCGAGCUUUGCGACGUCUACAUCGAGAAUUCCAAGUCUAUUAUCCGCGACGGCACACCUGAGGAGCGCGACUCGGCCAUCCAGACGCUCUACACAGCUCUCGAAGCCGCUCUCACCAUGAUUCACCCAUUCAUGCCCUUUAUCAGCGAGGAAAUGUGGCAGAGAAUGCCGCGCCGCCCCAGCGACGAGACGAAGUCCAUUAUGAUUGCCAAGUACCCCGUCUACAGCGCGACACUGGACGACCCGCAGUCAGAGACUGCCUAUGAGCUCGUUUUAGACUGCGUCAAGGCCGCGCGCUCGCUGACGUCCGAAUAUGCCAUCAAGGAGAACGCAGAUGUCAUCAUUCAAACCUUCACCGACGCCGCCGAGGAGACGUGCACCAAGGAGCUCCUUUCUAUCACAUCACUGGCAGGCAAGGCCGUCAACAAGAUCAAGAUGAUUGGUGCCAACGCUCCCCGUCCCGCAGGCUGUGUCGCCUACCCUGUGUCGACCGCAGCGACGGUCUUUUUGCAAGUCAAGGGCCGUGUUGACAUGGACGCUGAGAUUGCCAAGGCCCAGAAGCGCCGCGACAAGGCCACGCAGAGUAUUCAGCGCCAGGAGAAGCUCCUCGCCGACCCGGUCUACCUGCAAAAGGCCUCUGAGGCUGUUCGUGAUGCUGACGAAAAGAAGCUGGCCGACGCUAAGCAGGAGCUGGCCAGCUUUGAGGCGACGAUUAUGCAGUUUGUGCAGCUAAAGCUGGAGUAG